UGGGAUAGUUCACCAGGCAGAGUUCACUCGACUUCAGAGCAAGUGGACAGUAACUUUUUCCUUUUCUCUUUAACUCCUGAAGUCUCAGCCCUCUUCAUUGCUCUGAUUGCCCCAAUUACUACUCACAGAAUGGAAUAGGUUAAGAGAUCGAGAUUAAGGGUUGGUGUCGUAGAGGAUCGAUCAAACCACAGCCUUGUUUUCUCUGUGGAGCUGUGGAUUGGCAUGUCUUCCUUCAGCCGUGACAGUGAAAGUGAUCAGUGUGGCUCUACAGAGGACUUGACUGGUGCAGGUGGUCAGCCGGACGGAGCUGAGUCUCCCGCUCAGCCCAGUGGAGCUGUCAUGCUGCCCAAAGGCGACACGGAAUCUCUAGUACUCGUUCGAUCGCAUGGAGAACAGGGACACAUGCCAAGAAAUAUGCAAGCCCCCCACUAUAAAAUGAUGGACUACUCGUAUGAUGAAGACUUGGAUGAGAUGUGUCCGGUGUGUGGAGACAAGGUUUCUGGAUACCAUUACGGGCUCCUCACAUGUGAAAGCUGCAAGGGCUUCUUCAAGCGCACGGUUCAGAACAACAAACGGUACACAUGCAUAGAGAACCAGACAUGUGCCAUCGACAAGACACAAAGAAAACGCUGCCCUUAUUGCCGCUUCCAGAAGUGCCUCACUGUUGGCAUGAAGCUGGAAGCUGUGAGGGCGGACCGCAUGCGUGGCGGCCGCAACAAGUUCGGCCCCAUGUACAAGCGCGACCGGGCCCUCAAGCAGCAGAAGAAAGCGCUGAUCCGCGCCAACGGCCUGAAGAUCGAGUCCAUGACCCAGGUGAUGCAGGCGAUGCCCACCGACCUCACCAUCUCCUCGGCCAUCCAGAACAUCCACCAGGCCGCCUCCAAGGGCCUGCCGCUCAGCCACCACGGCCUCCCGCACCACGCCGCCCUGCCCCACACAGACUACGAUCGCAGCCCCUUCGUGACGUCUCCCAUCAGCAUGGCCAUGCCCCCCCACACUGGUUCCCUCCAGGGCUACCAGGCGGCCUACGGCCAUUUCCAGAGCACCCGCACCAUCAAGUCCGAGUACCCGGACCCGUACAGCAGCUCGCCCGAGUCCAUCAUGGGUUACAACCCGUACAUGGACGUGUACCAGACGGGCUCGCCGCCCAGCUUCCCACACCUCAUCGUGGAGCUGCUGAAGUGCGAACCUGACGAGCCCCAGGUGCAGACCAAGAUCCUGGCCUACCUGCAGCAGGAGCAGGCCAGCCGGGGGAAACACGACAAACUCAACACGUUCGGCCUUAUGUGCAAGAUGGCCGACCAGACGCUGUUCUCCAUCGUGGAGUGGGCCCGGAGCAGCAUCUUCUUCCGCGAGCUCAAGGUGGACGACCAAAUGAAGCUCCUCCAGAACUGUUGGAGCGAGCUCCUCAUCCUCGACCACAUUUUCCGUCAGGUGAUGCACGCCAAAGAGGGCUCCAUCCUAUUGGUCACCAGCCAACAGGUGGAUUAUGCUGUAAUUGCCUCCCAAGCCGGAGCCUCUCUAAACAACCUGAUGAGCCACGCUCAGGAGCUGGUGGGCAAGCUGCGCUCCCUGCAGCUGGACCAGAGGGAGUUCGUCUGCCUCAAGUUCCUUGUUCUGUUCAGCUUGGACGUGAAGAACCUGGAGAACUUCCACCUGGUGGAGAGCGUCCAGGAACAAGUGAACGCGGUGCUGCUGGACUACGUCAUGUGCAACUACCCCCAGCAGACAGACAGGUUUGGCCAGCUGCUCCUGCGGCUGCCUGAGAUCCGGGCCAUCAGCCUCCAGGCCGAGGAGUACCUGUACUACAAGCACCUGAACGGAGACGUGCCCUGCAACAACCUGCUCAUCGAGAUGCUACACGCCAAGAGAGCCUGAUGAGACUGCAGAUGGGAUCCUGAUCAUUUGGCUGAAACCGACUCAGAACAGACUCUGUUUUGUUGGUUUAGACCCAAGUCCUUGCCUGCAGAACAGAAACCGACCCAGAACAGACUCCUCCCAUGUUAAAGUUAGACUUAGUGAUUCUGGGGCAGGAGGCAUCCGUUCUUCUCAUUUAUCGUAACGAUCAACCAUCCUGGCACUCACACACAGGCAAAAGAACAUGCAGAAAUGGACACCCACACUUACACAUGCUGUGCACACACAUAUGCGCGCACACACACGAACACACACAUACAAACACAUUUAGGCACUCACACGCACGUACACACACAAAUAUACACACAUUAAGGCACACACUCACACGUUCAAAUUCAUACAAUAUGCAUAUAUAUUACACACACACACAUCUCUUCACUCUAAGACAGAUGCUUCUGGAGCUCUGGGUAAAGCUUCCAAAGACGGAGAGAAACAGCUGAAAUUCUUGAGAACUGUCCAUUCGUCUCAUGGGACAUGGAUGAUUCCUUUUUGUUUGCUUUGAAUAAAAAUACAAACCAUCAAGGUGAUACAAGGACCAACUGAAGGAACAAAACCAAUGAGUAUUGUAAAAACCUCUCCCACUGUUAACCUCUCUAGGGUAUGUGGGACGCUAGCGUCCCAUCUGGCCAACAUCCAGUGAGGUUGCAGAAAACUACAAAACCAACAAAAAAAACUACUUCCUGAAUGGAUUUUUCUCAGGUUUUCGCCUGCUAAAUGAGUUCUAUUAUACUCAGAGAAACUAUUUUAACAGUUUUGGAAACUUUAGAGUGUUUCCUAUCCAAAUCUACCAGUUAUAUGCAUAUCAUAUCUUCUGGGCCCGAGUAGCAGGCCGUUUAAUUUGGGCAUGCUUUUCAUCCAAAAUUCCAAAUGCUGCCCCCUACCCUAGAGGGGUUAAAGGGUUUUGAGCAACGAAGAGAGAGAGAGAGAGAUCCAACCACCUUAUGAUCACGGACCCUAUGAUGUCUGUGGUGAGGUCUUCAAAGGGGAGCAGGGACUUUGGCUGAAGGAAUUUGGAGCACUCUUUUUUUAGACUGGCCCAUGGUUGGCAGGGUUGGUAAUGUAUUGGGCUGUAUUGGGUACUGUAUUGGGCAGCCCAGAGCAGCCUGUCAGCUGGGCAAGAGUCUCUUUUGUCACCUGUUUCAAAGACACGCAGUCUGCAAUGCUAAUAGGCCAGACAGACAGACAGCAAUAGAAAACAGCUGAAAAGGUCAGACCCUGACAGAGACUCAUAUGACGGUCAGUAAGUCAUUUUUGAUCCUCGUACAAAAAAAAUAUAUAUAUAUAUAUAUAUAUAUUUAAAAAAACACAAAAAAAACACAACGAACAAAAUGUAUGAAAACCUUGACGGAACAAAAAAAGAUAAGAUUUAAAAAACAACAUUUUAGUAAAUGGCAGUUAUUUCCUCCUCUUGGUCACUGAUGCUCCUCAUUGUAACCACCCUAUAAUCUCCCCCCAACCUUCCCAAAACGGUUCUUUACAUAAGUAAAACACAUUUUACACACCAUAGAUAAGUAAUUAGAAAAUAAUAUUAUGGUUGUCCCCCCCCC